GGUUUUCUGUUUAUCUUGCUACAACCUCAUGGGCAUACGUCUCAAUAGACAUUGCUUUCUUAUUCAAAAGUCCAUACGGAGUCCAUGUUUUCCAUUAACAUGUCUCUCAACAAUAAAACCAUCGCAAUCACUGGAGCGGCUAGUGGAAUAGGCCGAGCUACUGCUGUUUACCUGGCCAGCAGAGGAGCAUCAUUGGCGAUAUCUGACGUCCAGACAGAAGCCCUGAAAGCCAUUGCCGAAGAGCUGAAGACUUCCAAUUCAGGCAUUCGUGUUGAAGCCACCGUGGUCGAUGUCAGCAAGCCCGAGCAGGUUCGAGACUGGAUCCAAAACACUAAGAAGACCUUUGGGCGCCUAGAUGGCGCUGCCAACAUUGCCGGAACUGCCGCGUCAAGCCAGGUCCCUCUGGAGGCCCAGUCUGACCAAGAAUGGGAGUUCUUACUCGGUAUCAACCUUUCGGGAACGAUGUUCUGCCUGAGAGAAGAGCUGAAGCACAUCGGUGAUGGAGGUUCCAUUGUCAAUGCCUCGAGUGUCCUCGGCCUGAGAAGCUUUCCUGGCCACGGCGGCUCGGCUUACGUUACCAGCAAACACGCCGUCCUGGGACUUACAAGGAAUGCGGCAAGAGAGUACGGUAAUCGACAAGUGCGGGUCAAUUGUAUCAAUCCGGGCGGCAUUGACACGCCGAUGAUGCAGCCAAAGCCAGGUGGAGCGGAUCCCAUGGGGGGCAUGCUACCACCGAUUCCUCGCACGGGGAAGCCCGAGGAAGUUGCUGCUUUGGUUGGGUUCUUGCUCGGUGAUGAAUCUACCUACGUUACGGGAACUUCUAUUGUCAUCGAUGGGGGUCUUACCUGCUAAAUAUUUCGUUCAUACCAUGUGUACCUGAAUCAGUAGAGAGAGCUCUAGUCAUAGUACAAUAGGGUAUAAUGCCAAAAACAGGCAUUCUGUAAGUGUUGUCUGAAAUGAGUAUUCCCUUGC